AUGCCUCCCAUCUACUACUUGAAUCAGCCACCCCAUCCCUUCUGGGACUUCGUCGCCGGGAUCGAAGACCAUCCCUUCUUCGCCCGUCAUCGACGGCCUGUCCCACCAACUCCACCACCGCAGCCGCCUCGUCCAGGGGCCCAGCAGGCUGCCGCCGCCGAACCCAGCGAAAAGGCUAAAGGCAAACAGCCUGAAGCUAGCGUCGACGACCCUCCAGAAAUCGAUCCUUCAACCCUCAAGCCCGAAGGUAGGGACGCUCCAUUCCGUGGUCGUGGUCGAUUCGCGAAAUACUUCGAAGACAAUGGCAACAAAGACAACGCCGACGAAAACAACAGUGGCCGCCGCGGUGGAAGAGGCCGUCAUGGUCACCAUCACGGCCACGGUCCUUGGGGAGCACCACAAGGACCACCCCCAUUUUCAUUUGGACCCCCUCCCUUUGGGCCACCUCCAUUUGUCUUCAGCCCUCAUGGCCCCUUCGGCCCCCGCGGGCCCCCUGGACCUGAAGCUCCCGAAGGCCACGGUCCUCGUGGCGGAUGCCGCGGCCGCGGAGGCUUUCACAGGGGUCACGGAGGACCACAUCAUCAUCAUCAUGGACCUCACUCACCCUCCCCACCACGCGACGUGCCCGGUGAUCGUCAGGGCCAAGCGUCCGGCUUUGAUUUGGGCACUUUCCUGAGCAACUUGGGUGAGCGUCUUGGAGUCGACUUGACCGCUGCCGCCGAAGGGCUGGGCAUCAGACCUCCGCGCUCGUCCGAGACUGAUUUUGAACCGAGAACCGACAUCUUUGACACCUCUGCAGCCUACACCGUCCACCUUUCCCUCCCCGGUGCCAAGAAGUCUGACGUGGGUGUCGACUGGGAUGGCGAGCACUCUGCUCUACGUGUUGCUGGGGUCGUCCAUCGACCUGGGGUCGACGAAGAGAUGAUGUCGCGCUUAGUCGUGGACGGUCGCAAGCGCGAAACCGGCGUCUUCGAGAAGACCAUUCGCUUGGGCACAUCCAAAGCCCCUGCCAGCGUUGACGUCGAGGGCAUCACCGCUAAAAUGGUCGAUGGCGUCCUGAUCAUCCGCGUGCCCAAGGUGGAGAAGACUUUCGAGAAGAAGGAAGUCUAUGUAGGCGGUGGAUCGUCUCCCUCGCCUGCACCUUCCAACGAGAGACCCGAGGACGCCUACAUGAACGAGAAAGAUCUGCUGUUUGAUGCGGGCGAAGAUGAGGAGCAGGAGGACAAGGACAUGUACGACGCCGACUCGGUGCCAGAACCUCAACAUCAACCUCCGCCGACUCUGCAUGUCGCACCAGAAUCGAAACCUUCUGCUCUCGCGGACAUCACCAUGGGUGAGACAGCGAAAGUGAAGGAAAAGGAACGCGAAGCCGAGGAAAACGCUUCCCGAGAGAGGGACGACCGCUCCGAGACCCUCGGAUUCGAGGAUUCGCACAACGAGACGGUCGAGACUCUGCCGAGAUACGAGCCCGAGGACAGCAAUAACAAAGUGCAGGGUCAACCACAAGAGCAGCAGCAGCAUCAGCAGCAUGCAAACGUCGACGACGAGGAUAACAUGAGCGACUGGGAGAAAUACGGCUCCGAGGAUGAGGGCGAGUACGUCAAGAUCAAUGUCGACUAG